GAGUUUAAGUUUGUCACAUUCAGCCUGCUCUGCUGAACCCUCCUCUUUUCCCUGAUCUCCUUAAAUUGGUGUGGAUCUUUGGUUUUAAGUCUUUCAGCCUACGGUACCAAGUUAUCUGAACACUUGUCAAGAUGGAAGCCAUCAAGAAGAAGAUGCAGAUGCUUAAACUGGACAAGGAAAAUGCCUUGGACAGAGCAGAGCAGGCCGAAGCUGACAAGAAAGCAGCUGAAGAGAGAAGCAAACAGCUUGAAGAUGAGCUGCUGUCCAUGCAGAAGAAACUGAAGGGGACAGAGGAUGAGCUUGACAAAUACUCAGAAGCACUGAAGGAUGCUCAAGAAAAACUAGAGCUGGCAGAGAAGAAGGCUGCAGAUGCUGAAGCUGAGGUUGCUUCACUAAACCGCCGCAUCCAGUUGGUUGAGGAGGAGUUGGAUCGUGCUCAGGAGCGACUAGCUACAGCAUUGCAAAAAUUAGAGGAAGCUGAAAAGGCUGCAGAUGAGAGUGAAAGAGGUAUGAAGGUCAUUGAGAACCGUGCUCUAAAAGAUGAAGAGAAGAUGGAACUUCAGGAGAUACAGCUGAAGGAAGCUAAACACAUUGCGGAAGAGGCUGACCGCAAGUAUGAGGAGGUUGCCCGCAAGUUGGUAAUCAUUGAGGGAGACCUGGAACGCACAGAAGAGAGGGCAGAACUUGCAGAAUCCAAAGUCAGGAUGUUGGAAGAACAGCUCCGGGGUUUUGACCAGUCAUUGAAGUCCCUGCAGGCCUCUGAAGAAAAGUAUUCUCAGAAGGAAGACAAAUAUGAGGAGGAAAUUAAGAUCCUGACAGACAAAUUAAAAGAGGCUGAAACUCGUGCUGAGUUUGCCGAAAGAUCAGUUGCUAAACUGGAGAAAACUAUUGACGACUUGGAAGAGAAACUGGCUGUCACCAAAGCAGAAAAUGUGAACAUGCAUGCCAUGUUGGACCAGACCCUCCAAGAGCUGCAUAGCUUGUAAACUGUUCUCCCUUCCCCCCCACUUGCUUCACUGCAGCUCCCUGAACUGCUACAGCAGCCCCUGCCACCCUUGCUUGUGCCCUGUCCUGUCUGACUUUGCAUUCCUUGGGGGUUCUGCCUUUGCCACAGUGUGUGAAUUUAACAGCUGUUUUCAAAUUUUUAUCACAGCUGCCUUGUGGUGAUGAUGGAUCUUCCUGUGUACCAUGUUUCUCUUAAGGAGGUUAGAUUUUGCACAUAUUUGAAUGCAGAGCUCAAACGUACAGUGCAACUGGAAAGUCCACAAAUUAUCACUGUGUGCUAAAAAUACAGUUUACUAGUUACCCUUUUUUUCAAUACUGCAUUUUCUUGGAAAACACUGUGAACUAGAAAUACUUAUCGGCAGCAUAUUUCUAGAAUGUGAUGUAGCCAAGGGACCAAAUAUUACUCUACUUACUGCCAAAAUUCCCCUUCCCCAACCCACCCUCAUUCAGGGAUCAGAGGUCAUGAGGGCAACUCUGAGAGCUGUAGGAAUGUCUUAAGUGUGGGAAGAGGCUAAUAAAAAUAAUGCAAAAGGCAGCAAUAUGCCUGUUUUUAAUGCUUUAUUCUGAAAGGGCAACAAAUCCCCCACCCCCACCCCACUCUCCUUUUAAUGCCUAAUGUGUUGCUGUUUUUACAGAUUUUGUAUGGUGCUUGUGCCAAUAAAAGCAAGUAGGUGUCUAUAGCCACCCUUAAACUUUA